AUGAAUCCUUCCAAUCAAAACGAAAUUGACCGGAUAGUCAAAGAGCUGUGCACAGUUCUUGAAUGCUCUUUCACCUCCCGUUUCCGGAAAGUAGAAGAGUUGGACGGAAAGGAUGUGAUUGAAAUAGCAACAAGAUUCUUGUGGAAAACGGAUGAGUUUAAUAAAAAUAUUAUUCCGAAUCAUGUUCUACCCGAUGAUGUUGGAGACAAAGUAGAAGUUGUUAACCGAAUCGCUGAUCUGCUGAAGAAAGUUAACAUCGAAACUGAUUAUCAUGUGCUUCUCCAUGGCAGAAUACCUGAAAUCAAAAAUCUCUGUUUAGCAUUUGUAGAGAAGCUUCCAACAAGGUGUAUCAAUGUACCAUUGUUCGAAGUCCUUCACAUUGCUCUUUAUAUGAGAGAGAAUAUUGUUGAUAGCGAGGAUGCCAUGAAAUCGAGAUACAUCCGCCGAGAUCUCACUCACCUGCGAAAUGAAGUACCGGAGAAAGUUUCAAUGCGAUGCCCCAAAUGCGGGCCUCACUUUCCUAGUGGUCGAGAGGAGAUCAUUAAUAUUCUGAAUGGGCCAUUCGGAAAUGAAAACUCGUUGCGCGUACCAUGGUUCAAUUCUAUCAACAAUGAACAAGCCGAGGAUAAUGAUAAAGAGGAAUCAGCGAAUGAAAAGAAGAAAACAGUUGACCAAGAUAAGAAGUUUGAAGAAGAAGUUGAUAAGGUUGUUGCUGAGAUGGUUAAAGUAGGAAGAUAUGAUCCGACUGAUCACACUGAUCAUAUUCAAUUCCUACAAAAAGAACUUGAGGACAAGAAAGAUGCAUUGAAACGCGCGCAAUACAACAGAAAUUGUCUUUUUGCCGAAAUCGGUAGCCUCAAGAAAUACAAAGAACAGAACGACGAUCUGAUUCAAACAUUCAAAGGCGAUGACGAUGUUGAGAAAAGAAUCCAUAGUAUUUUAUGCGAUUUUUGGGUUCAUGAAAUUGAUGUGAAAAAGCAUUGGACAACAACUCUUGGUUCAACACUUUCGCAAAUAAAUAGCUUGAAACGACGAGAAUCUUACCUUCUAAAAAGGCCUUUCCUUGACGAUAUUGCAAAAAUUGAAAAACAGCUGCGUGAUAUGACUGACAUGGCAAGCAUCAGAGAAGACGCUCUGCCUAUGAUUAAGAAAAUUGUUCGAGAUGUCCCUGAAAGUUGUACAACACGAGAGGAUUUGUUCGCUCAAUUGGAUGAAGUUCGAGAAAAAUACGGAAAGCAGCGUGAGGCUCUCAACAGAAUCCAAACGGACAUCGAUGUUACCAAGAAAGAGUUGGUAUGGCUGUCAGAGUCUCUCGUACGAUCUUUUAAUAUCAUUGAAGAGGAGCUGUUUAAGUAUGCUGAUGUUAUAAAAGGUGAAGACAGCUAUCGUCUGUUUGCAAGAAUUAAUUUGGCCUGCGUGGAGUCUAUCGAUACUGUGAAAGCCAACGGUGAACUUGAAAGAGAGCUUGAGAGAGUCAAAAGCAGGUGCCUGGAGCUCCGCAACUCAAAUAAGCCGAAUGAACUUUCUCUUGACAUUGAAGCCAUGCAGGAUCAGAAUAACUCUUUGGAAAAAGCGUUAUAUCAAGCUCAACAGGAAAAAAAAGCUAGAAAAGACUUGAAAAGAAGAACUCUUCGCACAGAACUUGAAGCUGAAGUACAGAAAAUAAACAAAAGUGGAAGAUCUGAAAUCGGCGAUGAUCCUUCGAAUGUUGAUGACCAUAUGGAUCACAAUAUGCAGGUUAAGAAAGAUCUGAAAAGAAAAUUAUGUGAUGUUGAUCAAAACGACCUCGACAACAGAAGUCAUAAACUCGAAGGAUCGAAUGCUUCUGAUGAAACAACGACAAAUCUUACCAAUGGUGAACAACAAGAUGCCAACAUCAACUGA